UAAGGGAAACAAGGAAAGGAUCGGAAUGGCAGUCAACUCUGGCUAAGUGGGGCAGCUUAGUGAGUGUUUGAAGUGUACGCAAAGAGAACAUUUUGGGGACUGACCUGAGUUUACACUUUUACUGAUUUUGCCUUUUUUUCAAUUAAGCUUGGUGGUCAAGAGCUGGUGCUUUGCAGGUCGCGGUCUGACACCGCGUGCCUCUGUGUGGCUUUGGGCAAGUUACCUGCCCGAGCUUCAGGGUCUAUCUCUGUGAAAUGGAGCUCACGGGACUUUUGUGAAGAUGACAUUAGACAGUGUGUAAAGUGCUUAGCACAGUGCCUUGCACAAAGGAAAUGCCCAGUAACUGGAUAGCUAACAGCCAGGAGAAACGUAGUGGAAAAUGCAAAACAACGAAAUCAUAAAACCUGCCAAAUACUUCUCAGAAUUGGAAAAGAGCAUCCUGCUGGCUUUAGUAGAAAAGUACAAGUAUGUGCUGGAGUGUAAGAAAAGCGACGCGCGAACUAUUGCCCUCAAGCAGCGUACCUGGCAGGCGCUCGCCCAUGAAUACAACUCGCAGCCUAGCGUGUCGCUGCGGGAUUUCAAACAGCUGAAGAAGUGCUGGGAGAACAUCAAGGCUCGGACCAAAAAGAUUAUGGCCCAUGAAAGGAGAGAGAAAGUGAAACGGAGCGUCAGCCCCCUUCUGAGCACCCACGUCCUGGGGAAGGAGAAGAUCGCCAACAUGCUGCCCGAGCAGCUGUACUUCCUGCAGAGCCCUCCCGAGGAGGAGCCCGAGUACCAUGCUGAUGCCGCCACUCAAGAAUCAUUUGCUGUUUCAAAUAGAGAACUGUGCGAUGAUGAGAAAGAGUUCAUACAUUUCCCCGUAUGUGAGGGGACCUCCCAACCUGAACCCUCGUGUUCAGCUGUCAGAAUAACAGCCAAUAAAAACUACAGGAGCAAAACCUCUCAGGAAGGUGCUUUAAAAAAGAUGCAUGAGGAAGAACACCAUCAACAAAUGUCCAUCUUACAACUGCAGCUGAUACAGAUGAAUGAGGUGCAUGUGGCCAAAAUCCAGCAGCUAGAGCGAGAGUGUGAGAUGGCAGAGGAGGAACACAGGAUAAGAAUGGAAGUUCUCAAUAAAAAGAAGAUGUAUUGGGAAAGAAAACUGCAAACUUUUACCAAGGAAUGGCCUGUUUCCUCAUUUAACCGGCCCUUUCCCAAUUCACCCUAAGAUGGUGGGGUGUGGCUCCCUUGUAAUUAAUCUGUGUUGGCAAAGAAGGCCUGGAACACGAACUUGCGGUCGGUAGCCUGUCACAGAGCUACAACUAGGAAGAUGAGAGUGGUAGUAGUCACUUAUUUAAGAAUACAUUCAGGUAAACAGCUGCACCCUAUGUACCCCUGAAGUGGCAAAGAAGCUGUUCGAGUCUUCUGAAAAUUAUCACUAUGAGUGCUAUCAUUCUGAAUGUAAUGUCUCUUAAUUAGAAUUCAUACAAGAACCAUGUGUGAGUGUUGUUGUUGUAUUUUUUUAAUCAAAUGCAAGUGUGACUAUAAAGGAGUGUGGCUGGGUUUUGUGGGUUUUUUUUUUUUUUUUUUUUUUUAAAUAGACGUCAGACCUUGUCUAUCCAAAUGAAUGCCCUCCCAUUGAAAGUGGCUGUCCUGGGAGGACACACGUUUCUCCAGUGGUGAUGCUGUCGCUGAGAAUUUGCUAGAGGUCUUUCGGAGCCUCCACAAGAGCUACAGCACACUUUUCAUUUUGUCAAUGUCAUCUUUGGAGCAUGGAUUUUCUGUUUUUAAACAGCCGAACAUAAUGGAAGGCUCUUUUCUAAUGUGGCUCAUAGGCUGCCUUUUAAGUCCUUCCUUUCCCCAAAGAGGAGUUCCAGAUAAUGUCUCCAGCAGGUGUAGCUUUGUUGGAACUAAGGAUGUGACUACCUUGAGGGAGAAACGUUCGCUUAGAGCUCUACAUUCUGUCCUGCUUGUUUUAUUAAAAGACAAGACUUG